AUUAUUAUUAGCCUGUUCGUGAACUGGUUGUUGAUCAUGUCGGUAUCGCUAGUGCAAAGUGCAUUUAUGUUUUGUAUCACAGUCUGAACGUACGUUGUCAAUAAUUAAUAGCAAAAUGUCGCUUUCUGAAGUCCAAAAGCAGUUUUAUAGAAAAAAUGGAUAUAUUCUGAUAAAAAACAACGUUCAUCAUGAUUUACUAGACGGGCUCGUCAAAAGAUUUAUUGAUAUAUGCAGUGGGAGCGUAACCGAUUAUUCAACAAGAAUCGUCAAAAAUCCGCAUCUCAAACAGUUGGGUUAUCAAGGCCAACUCGUUGUGAAUAAGUUUCAAGAUUUUCUGUUCGACGACGUCCUUUGGGAAUACGCAUCACUUCCGUCUGUGAUAGAAGUAGUCGAAAGCAUAAUCGGUCCAAACAUCACAGCAAUGAAUUCAAUGUUGAUCAAUAAACCACCCGAUUCCGAUCCGGACUUUUCCAUACACCCGUUACACCAGGAUCUCCUGUAUUUUCCGUUUAGACCAGCGAAUAGUAUCGUGGCAUCAUGGACAGCCAUGGAAAAAAUCGAUAGGAAUAAUGGAUGUCUAUAUGUAGUUCCGGGAUCUCAUUUAGAUGGGAUUCUCUACGAACAUGAGACAUCCAAACAUACUCUGUAUGAUGGCGUGCAAGGGAAAGGACACUUAGAAAAAGAACAUGUAGUCAUGGAAAAAGGUGACACAAUAUUCUUCCAUCCUCUUAUACUCCAUGGUUCUGGACCCAAUAACACAAAGGGAUUCCGAAAAGCAAUAUCAGUUCACUACGCAGACUCAAAUUGUAAUUUUAUUGAUGUUAAAGGAACAGUUCAAGAAGAUUUGAUGACGAGAAUUGAGGAAUUAGCUGCAAAGUUUGGGGCACUCAUGAACUAUGCGGUAAGUAUUGGACACUACUGUUAUAGUAUGAUUAACGACCAGCUCAGAAAUUUCUUCAGAAAAUAUCGUUGGUCCCUCGUAGAGUUGGUUCCACCCAUUAGCAACCAGCGCCACCUUGUGAUUUCUUUACGUACUACCCGUAUUUCAUUUCCUGUCAAGAUAUCUUCUUUACCUAUCGAGAUACCUCCUUUUUCUAUCACGAUAGUUUUAAAACUUGCGUGUACAGACGCGUCCAGCGCCAUUUUUCUUUUGUUUCUGCUGAGUUACGGUGCGGGCGUUAUUUCGUUAACUUCCUGAUUGUGUGACAUAGGACUCCCAAACGCCAGUUUAUGGAGUAGUACCCUUUAUUUCGUACUUUACGUUUAGUUGCUUUGGUUUGGGUGCUACUCCGUCCAUUUUCUAACGGGAUUUUAACCUUCAGCGUGUGAAGGCAUUGCGGAGAACCACUAGCUUUGUUUUGUAGCUGUUUCGAUGCCGAUUUUGCUGGAAAGAAGCCACCGCUUCCCCUUGACAGAGUAUCAAAUAUAGUGAAACUCAGAAACAUCAAAUUUGUGUCAUAUCUAAGCGAAAAAAGAUAUCUACGGAAAUUCAACGGCAUUUGGAAGGGCAAGGCAUGUACUAAGAGGUGAUGUCUUUGGUUUGUUUGAAAAAAAAUAAUUCGUCAUGCUACAUAACCUCAAAUAUUAUCAAAACUCGCUAUUUCUGCACUUUUAGGUUAGGACAUCUCGGGAACUAUAGUCAGUUGAGAGAUUUGGCUUACAGAUUCAGCACCGUUGCUUCAAAAAGCUUUGCGGACAUAUACUCUGGUUUACGGAUAAAAAUAUUAUCGGCCUGUAUAAUCCAUAUCAUAUUUUUUCAGGAUAUUUGGAAAGUGAAAAGUAGGCUAGUGAAGGGACCGCCUGGUGAAUUCCAAAAAUUAAGCAGCCAUCUUUGAUAGCUAGCCGAAUAAUGCAACUUAUACCAUGUGAUACUUUAAUUUUUUAUCAUAGGAACUCAGGAAAUUAACAAAUAACUUGAUACAGA